CGCUCUCGCUCUCGUUCCCGGACGGCGGCGGCGGCGGCGGCGGCCGAGGUCGAGGUCUCCCCGCGUCGGCCCCCGCAGCUCCGGCUCCGCGCGCCCAUGCACCGGCCGAGCUUCCGCCCGCCCACGCCGCCCUUCGCGGGGCCCGGCCAGGGCUCCUGGGGCGGCGGAGGCGGCGGGUUCCGGAGCCCCUCGGGGUGCCCCCGGCCGCCCUCCCCGCGGGACGGCUACGGGAGCCCGCACCAGACGCCGCCCUUCGGGCCUCGCACCCGGCCCCGCGCGCCCGCCUCCGGCUCCCCGGCCUCGGGCCCCGGCUCCUCGGGUCCCCCGCCCGGCUUCUCCCCGGGCCCGCCGGCCAGGCAGUUACAGGGUUCACCCAGGACAUCUACACCAUUUGGCUCAGCGCGUGGCAAAGAGAAAAGAAUGUCUAAUGAUGUGGAAAACUAUUUCAAACCUUCAAUGCUUGAGGACCCUUGGGCAGGACUAGAACCUGUUUCUGUAACAGAUGUAAACCAAAAGUACAACAAUGAGCAAACAGUAUUUACUGGCAAAAGGGGGAGAUAUUUUAGUUAGACGUUUCAGACAUUCCAAUGGAUCUCUGACCUGUCAGCAAAAGAACAGGACAUCUUCAUUUAAAACAACAAAGUUGAACUCCACUGCCAUCUGGAUGAGAACGCUGCCUUUCUGAAGACUCACCAGCAACUGAGAUUUUGAUAGCUUUCAUGCCCCAUGUGGGCCGUGUGCUCACCUAUUGUGGACUAGUGACUACCCCUAGUUUUUUGUUUUAAUAUUUGUAGUAAGAGCUUUCUGAGUCCUUGUUUUGUAAUGUUGUCUUCGUAAAGCUUUUCAGAUGUUCUAUGGACAAGAUUUAGAACUCAUGAAAUGGCCUAUUUUGUAAAUACUGUGCUGUUUAAAAAAUUCUGUGUACCACGUUUUUUGUAACACCAUCUCAGCAAAGAACUGUGGAGGUCUUUGGAAAUGAAAUUUCUAAACUGAUAAUGCCCAUUUGGGUGUUUAUUUGUUCACUGGAUUUGUUUGCUUCAAAAUCCAUGCUUUCAUAAUUGGGCAUCAUUAGAAAUGUUUGCAUAUGUUUAACAAUAAAUGAAUGGGAAAGUUUCCUUGACACUGGUUUACUACCCUAAAUCUGUUGAGUUAUGUUUAAUUUGGAAUUGCAGCUCAAUAAGAUUGAUUAUAAUCACAUUUAUUUUAAAUCAGAUGGGAAAAUGACUUUGAAAAUACUUUCCCCCCCUGGAAGCUGCUGCUAUUUGAAGUGGGAGGUAGGAGGUGGAGGUGAUACUAAUCUGUCCUUGGAAUAGACACAUUGUAUUAGUGAUGGGAUCCGCAUAUUUGCAACUUUUGGAAGUUUUUGAUUUUUCUUUAUUUGUUUCAACUAUAAAGGAAGUUGCAAGAAA